AUGCUUACGCAUUCCGAGAUUCCGCAGCUACUGAAGCGGAAUCAUAUUGUGAAAGGGUAUCGUCCAUUACAUCAACCUAUCACUUAUUACUGUAAAUCUGCUUUCUGUACACAUAAUGAGUUGAUCAAUAUUUGGAGUCAUCUAGUGCCAGCAAUCUGCCUGAUAGUUUUCUAUGUUUUGCCGGAGCUUUUCUCCGAAACGCCAAGGCUACCCGUUUUAGUGCUUUACGCUGGGGUCGGCUCACUUUUGUUUGCAUCAAGCUUGGCACAUCUACUGCACUCACGGUCACCUCAUGAUCAUAUUUUCUGGUUCCUAGUAGAUUUUGCUGGUAUAGCAUUAUUUGGUUGUUCAAUUGGAUUGCAACGGUACAGCUGCGGUUCCGAUAUGUCCUUAAUUGGGCACAUGGCUUAUCUUCCUUCCCUAAUGUUGAUUGUGCUGGUUUUACAAUUUCUUUCAUCAUGUUAUCUCUUUGUUAGUCAACCAGAUUGGCCGUGGAGGCUCGAACUUCGGAUGGCAACGUGCCUAUUACUAGCCAUUUGGGUGCAUGUGCCACUUACUGACAGGUAUUUGUCAGAGAAUUCGGCUGCUGACAGCUCCCUAGUACUGCACACGAACGCCUUCAACUGGCUGAUGAUCAGUGGAAUUUUUAUGGGAGCGAAAAUUCCAGAGCGAUUUGCUCCAGGUCUAUUCGACAUCUUCGGCUAUGGCCAUCAGCUGUUCCACUUAUGCGUCAACAUGGUGGCUUGGAAUCUGUGCGAUGCUGCCCAUUUGGAUUGCGCGCCGAUUGCUUGGAACUCACCUUCAAACGUUGUCAUCACAGCUGCAUUUCUUCUAUCAGCGAUUUUUACCGCAAUCACUGUGAAAACGCUCUCGAAGAAAGCUCAAAGUAUCAAAUAUGAGUAG